GGCGGCGGCAGCAGCGGCGCCGGUGACGGGCCCCGGAGGCCCGGCGCGGCGGCGUGUGCGCGCGGAGGGGCGUGCUCGCUCCCCGUGGCGGCCAUUGCCCUUGCCGCCAUGAUGAGCGCUCGGGCUCCAGGCGCUCGGCGGCAGCGCCACCUUCCUGCCUUGCUUUCCGCAGCCCCGUGACUGGCUGCAGUUUCCGCUGCGUUUCAGCUGAGCUGCCGCAGGCGGCCACCGCCGCCGCCCGGACGCCGGGACCGUUUCGCCCUCAGCGCCCCCGGCCCUGCGCCUUCCCCCGCGCCUGUAGCCACCCGAGGGCAGUCGGGGCAGGUGGCAGUCCGGACACCUGGGCUUACCAGGGCAUACGGGACCCCAGGAAAUGUUAUUUUUGCUUAAGUCAAAUCAUAUGUGGCUGCUAAGGUGCUUUCGAUGCAGUUGUUUUUCCAACAAUCUUUGCCACCCCGAGUAUCUGAAUAAAGAAAGAAAAAUAAAGAUUGAUGGGAAAGUUUUUGCCAUUGUUUUGUCCUAUAGGGAAGAAAAUUGCACAACACGAAAGCGGAGGAAUAAAAUUUUGAAUCAUUCGUACUCAUUUAUGUGGAAACAACUUUCUUGAAAAACGAUUUAAGCGAUUAGUGAUCUGUUGGUGGUAUUUUUUUAAAUCGAGGAAUAAGAAGGGCAGACGUUUUUUAUUUUCUUAUUGGAGGACAACUUAGUGUGGUGCAUAUUUAUUGUGCAUUUGCCUGUCAUGGUAUUUCGAUUUUUCAUUUGUGAAGUUUUAAGGCGGAGUUUCAUCCCCUAACAUACUUUUUUGAUUGCACACUGUACAACUUUCUUGAUAAACUCGGAGCCUACUGUUAGCGAUGCACCGUGCUAGAUGCUAAGAAACAUUAAAAAGGUUCUUGUAAUGCAGACGGUGGCUGCAAGAAGUCUCAUGUUUAGAGGUUCUUGCUAUAUUGCCCCAGGCUGGUCUCGAACUCCUGGGCUCAAGCCGUUCUCCCGCCUCCCACUGCCGUCUGUUCCCUGAGCUGUGCUUUACGCAGCUGGGAAAGACAUAGAAGAACUAUUAAGAAGAUAGAAUUGUUUUGCUGCGCAGUACAGCAACAGUGGAUGUUCAAGAUUAAGAUUAGAGUCAAGUUGUGUGAUUAAGACAGGAGCUGUGACUGAUGAGAAUUAAAGGCCAUGGAUGAAGAUGGGCUUGAAUUACAACAAGAGCCAAACUCAUUUUUUGAUGCAACAGACAAGGUCUCGUUCUGUCACCCAGGCUGGAGCACAGUGGCGCCAUCUGGGUCCACUGCAACCUCCACCUCCCAGGCUCAAGUGAUCUGCUCAGCUUCCCGAGUAACUGGGGCUACAGGAGCUGAUGGUACACACAUGGAUGGUGAUCAAAUUGUUGUGGAAGUACAAGAAACUGUUUUUGUUUCAGAUGUUGUGGAUUCAGACAUAACUGUGCAUAACUUUGUUCCUGAUGACCCAGAUUCGGUUGUAAUCCAAGAUGUUAUUGAGGACGUUGUUAUAGAAGAUGUUCAGUGCCCAGAUAUCAUGGAAGAAGCAGAUGUAUCUGAAACGGUCAUCAUUCCUGAGCAAGUGCUGGACUCAGAUGUAACUGAAGAAGUUUCUUUAGCACAUUGCACAGUCCCAGAUGAUGUUUUAGCUUCUGACAUUACUUCAGCCUCAAUGUCUAUGCCAGAACACGUCUUGACGGGUGAUUCUAUACAUGUGUCUGACGUUGGACAUGUUGGACAUGUUGAACAUGUGGUUCAUGAUAGUGUAGUGGAAGCAGAAAUUGUCACUGAUCCUCUGACUACCGACGUAGUUUCAGAAGAAGUAUUGGUAGCAGACUGUGCCUCUGAAGCAGUCAUAGAUGCCAAUGGGAUCCCUGUGGACCAGCAGGAUGAUGACAAAGGCAACUGUGAGGACUACCUUAUGAUUUCCUUGGAUGAUGCUGGCAAAAUAGAACAUGACGGUUCUUCUGGAAUGACCAUGGACACAGAGUCGGAAAUUGAUCCUUGUAAAGUGGAUGGCACUUGCCCUGAGGUCAUCAAGGUGUACAUUUUUAAAGCUGACCCUGGAGAAGAUGACUUAGGUGGAACUGUAGACAUUGUGGAGAGUGAGCCUGAGAAUGAUCAUGGAGUUGAACUGCUUGAUCAGAACAGCAGUAUUCGUGUUCCCAGGGAAAAGAUGGUUUAUAUGACUGUCAAUGACUCUCAGCCAGAAGAUGAAGAUUUAAAUGUUGCUGAAAUCGCUGACGAAGUUUAUAUGGAAGUGAUCGUAGGAGAGGAGGAUGCUGCGGCAGCAGCAGCAGCCGCCGCCGUGCACGAGCAGCAAAUGGAUGACAAUGAAAUCAAAACCUUCAUGCCGAUCGCAUGGGCAGCAGCUUAUGGUAAUAAUUCUGAUGGAAUUGAAAACCGGAAUGGCACUGCAAGUGCCCUCUUGCACAUAGAUGAGUCUGCUGGCCUCGGCAGACUGGCUAAACAAAAACCAAAGAAAAGGAGAAGACCUGAUUCCAGGCAGUACCAAACAGCAAUAAUUAUUGGCCCUGAUGGACAUCCUUUGACUGUCUAUCCUUGCAUGAUUUGUGGGAAGAAGUUUAAGUCGAGAGGUUUUUUGAAAAGGCACAUGAAAAACCAUCCCGAACACCUUGCCAAGAAGAAAUACCGCUGUACUGACUGUGAUUACACUACCAACAAGAAGAUAAGUUUACACAACCACCUGGAGAGCCACAAGCUGACCAGCAAGGCAGAGAAGGCCAUUGAAUGCGAUGAGUGUGGGAAGCAUUUCUCUCAUGCAGGGGCUUUGUUUACUCACAAAAUGGUGCAUAAGGAAAAAGGAGCCAACAAAAUGCACAAGUGUAAAUUCUGUGAAUACGAGACAGCUGAACAAGGGUUAUUGAAUCGCCACCUCUUGGCGGUCCACAGCAAGAACUUUCCUCAUAUUUGUGUGGAGUGUGGUAAGGGUUUUCGUCACCCGUCAGAGCUCAAAAAGCACAUGAGAAUCCAUACUGGGGAGAAGCCGUACCAAUGCCAGUACUGCGAAUAUAGGUCUGCAGACUCUUCUAACUUGAAAACGCAUGUCAAAACUAAGCAUAGUAAAGAGAUGCCAUUCAAGUGUGACAUUUGUCUUCUGACUUUCUCGGAUACCAAAGAGGUGCAGCAACAUGCUCUUAUCCACCAAGAAAGCAAAACACACCAGUGUUUGCAUUGCGACCACAAGAGUUCGAACUCAAGUGAUUUGAAACGACACAUAAUUUCAGUUCACACGAAAGACUACCCCCAUAAGUGUGACAUGUGUGAUAAAGGCUUUCACAGGCCUUCAGAACUCAAGAAACACGUGGCUGCCCACAAGGGCAAAAAAAUGCACCAGUGUAGACAUUGUGACUUUAAGAUUGCAGAUCCAUUUGUUCUAAGUCGCCAUAUUCUCUCAGUUCACACAAAGGAUCUUCCAUUUAGGUGCAAGAGAUGUAGAAAGGGAUUUAGGCAACAGAGUGAGCUUAAAAAGCAUAUGAAGACACACAGUGGCAGGAAAGUGUAUCAGUGUGAGUACUGUGAGUAUAGCACUACAGAUGCCUCAGGCUUUAAACGGCACGUUAUUUCCAUUCACACAAAAGACUAUCCUCACCGGUGUGAGUACUGCAAGAAAGGCUUCCGAAGACCUUCAGAAAAGAACCAGCACAUAAUGCGACAUCAUAAAGAAGUUGGCCUGCCCUAACAAUACUUCUACAGAACGUUUGUAGAGAUAUUGGCCUUGAAGUAGAAAAUUCAUUUUAAAGCCAAUCAGUCUCGUUCACAUACAAUACUGUAUAUUGAUUUAUGCUGUGUACAAAUAGAAUUAUUGCUUCUAGUUGACUUUUUUUAAUAUACAUUUUGUUCAGUAGUGUGUUCUGAAUUCUAUUCAGUUUGUUUAAUAAAUGGGGAAAACUGGCAACAUGCUAGUUACUUUUAAUAAAGUAAUCCCUGAUUCUAUACCGAAGUUUUAUAUCUUAGAAUUUUAUAUUUAUUUAAAUAUUUACCUUGCUUACCUUGAUGGUACUCUUCUAAGACCAUUAACUUAAGGUAACUUUAUAUUGGUAACUCUUAAAGUAUUCAUGUUGACUCAUUUUUUUCCCCAUACAUUUCUCACAAUAAAAUUGUCAGAGACAUCUACUAAUAUAAAUGGGAGAUUUUACAGUCAGGUCUAAUUAUCAUAACAUGGAAGUCAUUUACUUGUCUUGCUUAAUAUUUUCAGACCACUUGACAGUGAAAGUUUCCAUUUGAGCUUUUGCAUCCCUGGCUUUGCUGAGUAAAGAGCAGUGGCUGGGUUUGUGUUUACUUUUCAAAUAUACUUCUUUUAGCUUUUUUUGGAUUAUUUACAUCUUUUGUCAGCAUAGCAAACUUUUAGAAAACCUUAUUGAAAAAUUGUGCUUGAUCAUGUUGUAUUUUGAUUAUUCUGUCUGUGCGGCUUCGUCUUGGAAUGGUUGUGUGCUACAAAUGACACUUACUGAGGACUGCAUUUUGGAAUCUCCUAGAGGUAACUCAUGGCUUAUAGGAUCUUUUGCAACUUUAUGUAUGUAAAUGUACCCUGAAUUAUAUAUAUACACAUAUAUAUCAUGUACCUGUGUGUAUUGCUUAUUUUACAUAUUUAUACACACAACCCCAAGUAGUAGUUGUUUAAAAUCUAUAAUGAAAAGUAUUAAAUUUACAAUAACAUGAAAGAUCCAGGGAUGCAUGAGAGAGCAUUUUGUAAGUCAUGCUCUUCAGAGAGACUACUCAGGUGAAGAAUUAGAAGGAAAAUAAGGACACUAGUAUUUUUAAAGAGUAAAGAUAUUUUCUUUUAAAUAUCUUUGGUAAUUGAAAAAUAGAGGUUAAGAUGUUUCUAGGUAGAAUGUUUUCAUACAAUUUCAGCUCCAUGUCUUUAUAUUUUUCUGAAAAGAAAAUGAGUAUCCAGACAUGACUCCCACAGUUCUCUUUGAGAAGCCUGAGAGGGAACUCUGUCUUACCUAGUGAGGGGGAUGGAAAAGAAGCGAUGGCUCUGUGGACCAGAGAACGGGUGCUAAUUAUGACUUCACACUCGGCAAGUUCAGGCCGAUCUGGUAUUUCUCAGUUACAGUUAGCAAACUUUAAAAACUUAAGACUCAAGUUGGCUUUGAUUAAAAGGUAAAGAUGUGUUUUAAGUGGAUAAGGAAAGUCUGAGGCCUUAUUUGGAACAUCACUAAGUCUUCCACAGGUUUUUUUUGGUUUGUUUGUUUUUUAAGACGGAGUCUUGCUCCGUUGCCCAGGCUGGACUGCAGUGGUGCGAUCUCAGCUCACUGCAACCUCUGCUUCCCGGGUUCAAGCAAUUAUCUGCCUCAGCCUCGAGUAGCUGGGAUUAUAGGCGCCCACCACCACACCCGGCUAAUUUUUUAUAUUUUCAAUAGAGAUGGGGUUUCACCAUCUUGGCCAGGCUGGUCUUGAACCCUGACCUCGUGAUCCACCUGCCUCGGCCUUCCAUAGUGCUGGGAUUACAGGCGUGAGCCACCGCACCCAGACACCACAUAGGUCUGAGUCAUUGUCAUACAUUCAUAAAACAAACUCGGUUAAUUAGAACUUGGUUAUGUUAAGAUGAAUCUUGGAGAACAGAAAACAGUUUUUGGGGUCCCUUCAGUUGGCUAUUGGUCUGUAUGCAUCUAGCACAUUGUAGGAGAUUUAGAAAUUGUCUUCCCACCCGAUAGCUGCCUUGUCACCUCAUUAUGGUGCUCCAUCCCCUGUGUGCUUAGGUUUUUACCUUUCAUCUUUCUCUUUGCCAUUGAUGUUUGUAUUCAAGAGUUAUAUUUUUAGGGUUAGAAAUAAAAAUAUUUGGUGUUUGGCAAACCUCUGAAGUGCUAGACUGAUUUAGUCUAGUUUUAAACCAAGUGCUUUAGGCAGGUGUGAACUCCAGCCCAAAUGCCAGUCAAAGUCAAGGCAUGGGUUUUCCUAGCCUAUCUUAUAGGAAAUUCCUGUACCUUCUUGGCCCCCAUAAUGUGCUUUUUUUUUUUUUUUUAAAAAAAAAACUAACUUACAAUUUUGUGAUCCAUGAUUCAUUGCCCUGCGAUUCUUGAAAGCUCUGUCUGUUUUUUUGUGAGAACCUUUAAAAUCUCCCUUAAUUUUUAUUUUCCCAGAAAUAAUGUAAAAACACUUAAAUGAAAGUGGAAAUGUAUUAAUUUUAAAUCCUAUAAAAUUAAUACAGAAAAUAUAAAUGAUUGGGUCAUUUAACUAUAUUUUUUUAAAUAAACUGAAAGAUAAAGAACACAACACUUCACACAUUUUAUAUUUCUCUUACAUACUCUGGAAUCAUACACAGUUCUUUUCUUUUUAAAGCACAACAUUAAAACCUUUAAAAGGUAUUUAAGGGUUUGGUCAAGUGAAUAUGAUAAAACAUACUUGUCUGUAUAAAGAGAAAAUGAAAUCGUAGUCACUGUUAUGUACUGACAUUAGUUACAACCUAGUUUUAAUUCUUAAAACAAUUUUGAUUAGCAAAGCUAAAAAAAAAAAUGGAUGUUUCAGUUAAAUGUUUUAAAGAGGUACAGAUUUUUACAAGGACAUAAUAUAAGUUAUUGUUCUGUAGAAAUACCCUAUUAAAUAUUGUAUGUCCCUCCCUCUGUACACUUUGUAAAGAAAGUAAAAUACAUAAAAAGAAAAUCAUAUAGGGAUGUGUGACAUUAUUGUAAUUGUGUACUUGAGAAUAACGUGCAAAAAUAAAAAUCAGAAUAUUUUCCUGUUAUUGAAUGUUUAGUCUAUUUGAUACCAGUACUAAGUUAAUGCUUUUUCUUAAGGAAAAAAAAAUGUACAGUUUUUGUAAACCUAAUAAACAUCAAAAGCAGUGGAUUGUUUUCAUCCCCCCAUUUCUUAAUUUCUUUUUCACAGCAGUGGAAUGCAAAGUGCUUGAUUGCUUUGAAUUUUGUGACUCAGAUGCAAAUACUGGUAAUAUUUCAGUUCUGUGAAUUUGCAAGUAAUAUUUCAGAGAAGUUAAGAGGUGAUUGGUGAGUCCUUUGAUGAGCAUGUCCUUGGAAUUCAUUUUUUCUUUUAUCUUCAUAAAGGAUUUGUUUUAUUAGCAUCUCCAAUUCCCCUGAGAUAAAUUACUCAUGCAUAAAGUGGUUUUUGAGAGCACUUAAAGUUCAUUUCAGUAUUAAUUUACAGCAUAUUUAAUCAGUGGGGACUGUUACCAUCUCCACAACAGAAAUCACGCGCUCGAGUUACCCCACUGUCCCCAGUUUAGAGGACUAGUAGAUGCUAACAUACUAGGGAAUGGUCAUUGCCACAGUUAAAAAUCGGCAGUUAAGUAAAUGUCAGGAGUCAAAAGAGAUAGAGUUGUGCCAUCUUUGAUUUUAUAGACAAGAUUCUGCAGUUCUUCCAACUGUAUGAACAAAUGUUUGCCUAAUAGUUGAAACAAUAAAUUAAAAUUUUAGGUAAAUGUUGAAGGGAAUGUGGUGAAUGUCACUGUCCAGAGCCAUAAAUCGGGCAAAACCAUACAUAGCAUGCUGAAAAACUUUUGUAAUGGAACACCCAACAAAUGACACCUAACCUGUCUGUGAUCCAACAAGUCAGGUAACAUGCUGCUGUAUUUGUAUUCUCUGGGAAUCUCAGUAUUAAUAAUUUCAUUUCCCACAAAUUCUAGCAUUCGUGUAAGGAAAAACGUGGCUAAUCAAUAUCUUAAAGGGGCAGUCUUUCAGAGCAGUGGUUUUCAAAGUGUGGCCGGGCAGCAUUGGCAGCAUCUUAAUCUCCUGGGACUUUGUUAAAGAUGCAAAUUCUCAGCCCCACCCUAGUCCUACUGAAUUGGGAAACUGGCGUGGGGCCCAGCAAUCUUUGUUUUAACAUGUUCUCCAAGUGAUUCUGAUGCCCGUUCAAACUUGGGAAACACUUUUAGAGCACUUGAGGAACGUAAAAGAUGACUGGUUCAGCAUUUUGUGUGGUAGAUAAGAAAUUAUCACAAAAAAUCAGAAAUGAACAGUGAGAGAAAAAUAGGACCCCAGACAGUUUAUACCUUCCAUUUGCUGUUUUAAAAGUGUGAGCCUGCCAAGUCAACAAGUAUGCCUUUAGCGCACAUGUAAAUAGCCUGCACUUCCUAAAUCUUGUGUGGCCUCCCAUAGUUACAUUCCUCAAAGGUAAAUUGAGUUCAGAGGAAGAUUCAGCAUUUAUGAGAAGGGUUGAAAGAGAGAGAGAGAGAGAGAGAGAGAGAGAGAGUGUGUGUGUGUGUGUGUGUGUGUGUGUGUGUGUAAUUGGCCCAGGGUUACUUAAGUAAAUCAUAACCAUUUUGCCACAUUCUGUAACUGUUUAGUUAAGGUCAAAUUAAGUUUACCCUAUGGAUUUUGUUUCAUCUUUUGUUUCGUGUAUAUACUGUUUGCCUUUUUCAUAAAAAUCUUGGAUUUGUUAUAUAUUGUUCCUGUUAUUUUUGACAUCUUUGCUAUUGUAAAUAAAUUACUAUUUUGUUUUAA